ACCCCCACAAUGCACCGGGGCUCGCCCUUCAACGCUCGCGUGCCAGUGACAGCGGCGCCUCACACGAGCGAAGCGCGCACGUAAAGCGGCUCAAAGUCGCAGCAGCCGCCGCGAAAGUGGCAUAAAAUGCGUUUUGGCCGGCUCUCCUGCGAAACGGACGCCUGCGGCCGCGCGUUGGUCUGACGCGAGCGGGGUUUUUAGCGCGGAUGGUGACUGACCGGCCGCCUGCUGUUUAUGUUUGCUUCGAGCGCGUGUGUGUUUGCGUGUCGGGCCGGGAGCCCCGUGUGCGCUGGCGUGUAUGAAUGGAUCAAGUUGGAAUGGGCAACGCAGAACACCAGGGGGCGCUGGCCAAGGGCGAAGUGCUGCCACGCCCCGCCUCCAGCCAAUCAGAGGGCUUUAAACAGGGACGCUCGGUCCUGAACUCUCUGCUCUCGGGGGCGUUCGCUGGAGCCGUGGCCAAAACGGCCGUCGCCCCGCUGGACCGAACCAAGAUCAUCUUCCAAGUCUCGUCGAACAGAUUCUCCGCUAAGGAGGCGUACAGGUUGAUUUACCGCACGUAUCUGAAGGACGGCUUCUUCAGUCUGUGGAGGGGGAACUCGGCCACCAUGGUGCGUGUUAUUCCAUACGCUGCCAUCCAGUUCUGCGCUCACGAACAGUACAAGAGGAUUCUGGGACAGUAUUACGGCUUCCAGGGCAAAGCUCUGCCGCCCGUGCCGCGGCUGCUGGCCGGUUCUCUGGCGGGAACCACGGCUGCUAUGAUCACGUAUCCGCUGGACAUGGUCCGAGCACGCAUGGCCGUCACUCCCAAAGAGAUGUACAGUAACAUCCUGCACGUGUUCGUCCGUAUCUCUCGCGAGGAGGGUCUGCAGACGCUCUACAGAGGCUUCACUCCCACAAUCCUCGGCGUCGUGCCGUACGCAGGACUCAGCUUCUUCACCUACGAGACGCUCAAGAAACUCCACGCAGAGCACACGGGCCGCUCUCAGCCGUUCUCGUACGAGCGGCUGGCGUUCGGGGCCUGCGCAGGAUUGAUCGGUCAGUCGGCCUCUUACCCGCUGGACGUGGUGCGCAGACGCAUGCAGACGGCGGGCGUCACCGGACACACCUACGGCAGCAUCUCGGGCACCAUGCGUGAGAUCGUGACGGAGGAGGGCGUCGUCCGGGGCCUCUACAAGGGCCUGAGCAUGAACUGGGUCAAAGGGCCCAUCGCCGUCGGCAUCAGCUUCAUGACCUUCGACCUCACGCAGAUCCUGCUGCGCAAACUUCAGCAGUUCAGCCGCAGCGCGCGGUAGCAGACGAGCGCAGCGUUUUUAUUCUUCUUCUUGUUUCGUUUUUAACCCGAGCAAAUGCUGCCAAUGAGGACAGGAAAUGCCUGGCGUCAUGUGACUAGUUUAAAAGCUCUGUUCUUUGAUGCAAGGCGCACUGCGAAAAAUCUUUUUUUGACUCGGCGUUUUUGUCCUGUUUUCCAGUACCGUCAUUUUUGAAUUGAGGUGACGAGUUUAUGCUUAAAAAAAGAAGUUCUUCAUUCAAAGGGAACAUAAACCAGAAACAGAUUAACAUCCUAAACUCCUCAAAAAACUAGACUUACUGUGCAUUAUUUUGCUUCUCGGGUAGAUGCGUGCUGAUUUAAGACCGUUUAGACGUUUGUACUGGAAAGCAAGACGAGAACCCCGGUGAAGAAGCUGAUUCCUGCGUGUGUGUGUGUGUGUGUGUGUGUUCAGAGCGAGUGUGUGUUUGGUGCAGAGACGCACUGAAUGUUACUCUCAGAAUGAACGUGCUGUAAGUGCACUACUGACUGAAA